AUGGCCACGAUCCCUCCAGAGGCUAUCUCGCCCCUCUCCGAAGCCGUUCCUGGCGGCUACCGCUGGAUCAUCACUCCCGAGGAACGAGCACACAUUGGCUCGCUGCUUGACUGCGAUGGCUCCGACAUCUCGCGUCAAGCUACGCUCAUGGUGCAAGACCGCCAAGUAUGCACUGGCUGUGGAAAACACUCUGGUCUCGACGACUUGAUCCAGAACGCUCUUUCACUGGGCAUCCAUUCGGCCGCGUUUAUGUUGGAGGUGCUCCAGAAUGGGCCCAAGCAGGAUAGCCCGGCUCAUGAACUCCUCUGCUCCAGGUGUGGAGUGAAGCAUUCCGAAAUGUUCCUUUGGAUUCCUUCGUUGCCUUGGUAA